GAUGUAAACUCCUUCACACCUGGAUGUAGUAGAAACAUUUCUAUCUGCUUUUGGUUGGUAGGGGGGUGAUGUUAUUUCAGUGAGGCAGCAAGGCAAAUGGGCGGGGUUAAUAGGACCACUAGGGAAUGUGAAAUGUUUUCAAAGGAGGCUGAAACAGUUUCGAGAGUCACUAAAUAUGGAGGUGUAGCUUUUCUUGGCGUGCACGUUUCUGAUUGACCAGCUGCCAUUUAAGCGCUCAAAGGAAGACAUCUGAUGAGUUUUAAACAUUUUCCUCCACUGGUUCACUACACAAUGAUUUGGUGAUAAUAUAUACUGAAUACUUGCUAGUUUGACUGAUAUAAAGUGUCGCAGGAACCAUGGCAACGACAGCUCUGACCGGGUUCUCUAUGAUGAGCCUGCUCAGCCUCGGGUACCUGACCUGGGACCUGAUGAGUCCUAACCAGGUGGAAAACGAGCCCGACCAAACCUUUGUUGACAGGUCUCCUGUCCCGCAGCCUCCUCACAUCAUUUUCAUAAUGACAGACGAUCAGGGAUUCAACGACAUCGGCUACCACAGCUCUGACAUCAGGACACCGGCACUGGACAAACUGGCAGCGGACGGAGUGAAGCUGGAGAAUUAUUACAUCCAGCCCAUCUGCACCCCGACCCGCAGUCAACUCAUCACCGGCAGGUACCAAAUUCACACUGGUCUGCAGCACUCCAUCAUCCGGCCCCGCCAGCCCAACUGCCUGCCCUUUGACCAGGUCACCCUCCCCCAGAGACUGCAGGAGCUCGGCUACUCCACCCACAUGGUCGGCAAGUGGCACCUGGGCUUCUACAAGAAGGAGUGUCUGCCCACUCGCCGCGGCUUCGACACAUACUUUGGCUCCCUAACGGGCAGUGUGAACUACUAUACCUACGACUCCUGUGAUGGCCCUGGGCGGUGUGGCUUCGACCUCCAUGAGGGGGAGUCGGUCGCCUGGGGUCAGAGGGGCAAAUACUCCACCCAUCUCUACACACAGAGGGUCCGCAAGAUCCUAGCAACCCAUGAUCCUCAGUCCCAGCCGCUGUUCAUCUUCCUCUCCUUCCAAGCUGUUCAUACACCCCUGCAGUCUCCGCGGGAGUACAUCUACCCAUACCGCGGGCUGGGAAAUGUGGCGCGCAGGAAAUACGCUGCUAUGGUCUCAGCUGUAGAUGAGGCAGUACGUAAUAUAACAUACGCUCUCCGCAAGUAUGGUUACUACCAGAACAGUGUCAUCAUCUUCUCUACUGACAACGGUGGCCAGCCUUUUUCCGGUGGCAGUAACUGGCCACUCAGAGGACGCAAAGGCACAUACUGGGAAGGCGGCGUCCGGGGUUUGGGGUUCAUCCACAGCCCUCUGUUGAGGAAGAAAAGGAGGGUGAGUAAAGCCAUGGUCCACAUCACUGACUGGUACCCUACACUGGUGGGAUUAGCAGGUGGCAAUGAGUCCCUGACCGAGGGGGUGGAUGGGUAUAAUGUUUGGGAUGCCAUCAGUGAGGGGAAGGAGUCACCCAGGUUGGAGAUCCUCCACAAUAUUGACCCUCUGUAUAACCAUGCACGCAGUGGCUCCCUGCAGAAAGGAUAUGGGAUUUGGGAUACAGCCGUGCAGGCCUCCAUACGAGCUGGAGACUGGAAACUCCUAACAGGAGACCCCGGCUACGGAGACUGGACACCACCACAGAUGCUUCCAGGUUUUCCCGGCGGCUGGUGGAACCUGGAGCGCCACACUGAACCCCGGAAAUCUGUGUGGCUUUUCAACAUCUCCGGAGACCCCUAUGAACGUUUUGACCUUUCUGAGCAGAGACCAGAUGUUGUCAAAGAGCUGCUGGCUAGAUUGGUGUACUACAAUCGCACUGCGGUGCCAGUAAGGUAUCCAUCAGAGGACCUACGGGCUGACCCCCACCUGAAUGGAGGUGCCUGGGUGCCCUGGGUAGGAGAUGAGGAGGAGGACAGCUGGGACAGUGUCUACCAGAAAAACAACAAGGAUUGGAAGAAGAAGCUUAAACUGUCCAAAAGCAGGUCAUUUUUCAGGAGACUGAACACUAGGAUCAUGUCCAAUAGGAUAUAGAAAGGACAUGACUGAAAAAGGUUCAGAGGACACACUCCUGAAGGACAAGGUUAUAUGAAGGAGAGUUCUAUUUGUUGAUUAAACUUUUUGAAGAUGUGUUUUUGUUAAAGAAGGAACCAAGUAUCUGCCCAGUCCAGCUGCAGUUACUGUAUUGAGUUGUCGAUGCACGUGUAUGUUGGGUCUCUCUAGAAGAACUGAUUGGUGAUAAAAGUCCAAUGAAAGUAUUAAUUGUUCAACUGGUUUGUAUCCAUUUUGAAUAAAAAAAUGUGUGUGCCCCUAAAUUGUACUGAAAAAUGAGAGUUGAUUUCAGAUGACACAAGUAUGUUAGAAAAUGAGUUUUGUCAGCAUACAAGAAGACAGAGAGAGAGAGACAUACAAGAUAGGGUUAUUUUAUAAAAUCAGAAUCACUGUAGAUGACAAGGUGAUUAUCAUGUGCAACCAUUUGUAACUAUAAUGAAUAAAACUAAUGACUACUUCUAUGUCAAUGUGAUGUUAGUUGCUAGCUUUAUUUCUUUCAUUCAAACUCCAGUACUCAACUUUGAUUUACACAUUUUAAAAUAGAAUAAUAAUAGAAAAAUAUUAGGGUUUUUUUACUUGUUAGGAAAGCAUCUUGAUAAAAGUAAUUACUGGGUUCAUUUACAACUCUUACUCUAUUUAUGCCAAUUGUCCAUUUCUAUUAGUCAUAAUUCAGUUUGCUGAUCCCCCUAAUAUUAGAAGAGGGGUUUCUUUUUCUUCUUCCAUUCUUCCUUGUGUCAGUAAGUUGCUCCGUAUCGCUUGAAUGUGUAAUUAGGCAACUGUUUGCUAAUGCGUGUAAGGACGUAAGGUCGUAUUUGCAGAUGUGUACAGUAGAUCACAGCAGCAGUAUGACCUAGAAUCAAGUCAUUAUUAUUGUGGACAGUCUGGUUUGGAUCAUUCACUCUACAAACAGAAACAAAAAGCAUCAAACACAGGUAUAUAAAAAAAAAAAGAAUAAGAAUCUGUACUCUUGUGUUGGCUCAUCAAGCAAUAUUAGCCAGUAAAUGUUUCAGCAUGUAGAAAGUUGUGCACAGAAUUGCUGAUCUGGAACACAUAUAAAGCUGCCCUUCUGCAUGUAGGGGUUAGAGCUAUGGUACAUACAGGUAAAUCUGAAAGUUGUGUGACCAUAAUGAAUACUGCCAUUUAGAUUGUUACAGGGCACUGACACUCUUAUGUAAACUACAAGCCUCAUUUACGUGUAGAGUCUGUUUUUUAUGUUCAAACGGUUUCAUUUUGUCUCUUGCAGUCACCCACAUGUGCAUGCCUGCAUAGUUCUAAUUCUCACUUCAAUUCCUUUAGCAAAUCAAGAAGUACUUUAAAAACAAAACCGAAAAUAAAGUUGCCUUGGAAAUAGUUGCCAUGUACUGUGGUUGAAACAUGUUGAAACUGUCAUCCCAGUCACAAGAUGUUAGUUUAUGCAAACCUGAGAUCCAGUUGCACAUACGUGAUUUCAGCAGAGAAGGACAAAAUAAGAUUUCUUCACAUGCUGUAUUAAGAUUAGCACAGUAGCAGCGUGUUGCAGAAGGUCCGUGUUUUCAAGGAGAAGUGAGAUAGUUCCCUUCAUUUCCUGUCUUUCAACCGUUGUAGCAGCCGUCCUUUUAUCGUUUCCUGUCUGUAUCUGGUUCAACCUUACAGCUGAGGUCCAUUAUCUUUAGUUUAGUUUUAACAGUGUUGAGUUCAUCACUUCCGUGGAGUUCCUUUUUUUAGGGAAGAUGUUAUUCUGGGUGAAAAGGAGCAUGGAGCAAGUUCUUAUUCUUCUUGUGAUGGUAGCUGGAGUAACGCAUGCUUUCUUCCCAGCUGCUGAGACUAAAUGUAAUGCCAGUGCCACCCAGAACACAUCUCUGUGCUCUGUUUCUCUCGGAGGAUCUGUGUAUAUCCAAGUGAUGACUAAUGCCAGCGGCCAUCUGCUGAAGUGUAACAAAAAGCUUCCCACUGGAACCGUAAAGGUGUUCGACCUGAAUAAAGAAAAGGUGACGAUACAGGAGGCAUUAAGAAACAGGACACAGUUUUUCAUCAACAACGGGACACUCAAGAUCACAAACGUGGAGAGGAAUGAUGCAGGUCUAUACACCAUAGAGGUCUUUGAUCCAAACGGGGUCUUCUUGAGAAAGGUUUAUACUGAACUGGAUGUUCAAG